AUGGAAGCGAUAUCUUUGAAAGGAUCUACUAGAAUAAUUACUGAGUUUUUUGAAUAUAGCUUAAAUUCAAUUCUUUACCAACGCGCCGUAUAUCCGGCAGAAGACUUUACAACUGUCAAAAAGUACGACUUAAGCCUUUUAAAAACGGUUGAUACGGAAUUGAAGCAAUAUAUUAGAACUAUUCUCCAACAAGUACAUAGGUGGCUCUUGGGAGGUAAAUGUCAUAAACUUGUUCUUUGCAUUGUAGAUAAAGAUGAUGGAGAAACAAUAGAGAGAUGGGAUUUUAAUGUGAAUGGGUCGGAAAGCGCCAACGGCGAGAUGCAAGAAAAUAUAGAAGUUCCAUUAGAAGAAACCCAAAAAGAGAUUCGGGCACUACUAAGACAGAUAACUGCUAGUGUCACCUUUUUACCUGAGUUGAAAAACGAAGGAAAUUAUACAUUCAAUGUUCUUGCAUACACGGAUAGCAAUGCACAUGUUCCAAUGGAAUGGACUGAUGCUGAAUCCAAAGAUGUAGAGGAUGGAGAAGCUGUCCAGUUUAAGUCAUUCAAAACCUCUAACUACUCAGUGGGUGCACAAGUCACAUAUAAAUUCUAA